AUGAUCAUCAUCAUCGGGGGCAUCAUCGUGGCCUCGGUCCUUGUCUUCAUCUUCAUCCUCCUCAUGAAGUACAAGCUCCACAGUCAGCACUACAAGCAGAAGUCUGCAGCUCAUCAGACCAACGUGUGCUCACAGACCAACGGAGGAGGAGGAGGGCUGCCCAUACCCCCGCCCACCUCCAGCACCUCAGGUGGAGGUCCCAGGAGCUCCGCAGCCGAGGGCCUGGACAGCUCCGUGCGGGGGACCACUGUGGUGGACCUGAACCCGGGACAGGAGCAGGACCCUCUAGGAGCUCUGUCUGGUGCCAGUCGCAGCAGCUGGAGCCGGGACGAGGCGGGGACAGUGUGUUUGCAGAGGACGUCUCUGGGCUUCCACACACACAGCUGCACAGGGGGCGGGACUUCCUCCUUCUCUUCAUGGGACCUCACAGAGAGACAGGCUCCGGACACUUCAUGA